GCGGUGUUUUUUGCUACGGCGUGCUGCACACGCGCACCGAGCAUCGGGGAGGCGCGUUGAGUGAUUGCAAGCAAGCGCCGGUCGCUUUCCCGCUUCUCGCCUCCGGAGUCAGAGACGCCGUGCACGGGCGCUGUGGUUCCGGCCGCAGCCCGCGAUGGCACAGCAGAACGGCCCCACCACCAACGGGGUUCGAAUACGUCGCACCCUGAGCCUGGCCAACGCACUGCAAAUCCAGGAAUACGAAGCCAAAGAACGCCGCCUCGCCCCCGACUCACCGAUCCACAAGCCGUGUGACUCUCUGUUCAGCAGUUCCCGGGGAUGGACCAACUACCGAGGCCUCUUCAACUUCUGCAUCAUAUUAUUGGUACUAUCCAACAGUAGAGUGGCUUUGGAGAACCUCCUCAAAUAUGGAAUUUUAGUGGACCCAGGAAAGUGGGUGCGGUACUUGUUACUAGAUCCCAGAGUAUGGCCUCCAGUUUAUGCUACACUCGGACUGAACCUGUGUAUUUUGUGUUCAUUGGCCACUGAAAAGUUCUUGGCUACGGGCCAACUGCCUGAAGGUGUGGCCAGAAAUAUGCAGGUUCUCAACCUUUCUUCUAUUCUUCUCAUUCCACCUGUGGUGGUAUUUGUGUGGGACUGCAAUCCUGGCUUUAUUCCAGUUGCGUCAUCACUGGCAUUGGGUUGCGUGACAGUGCUGUUCCUUAAGCUAGUCUCGUACCACAUGGUGAACCUGUGGUGCCGUCAACAGAGAGCAUCUCGCAAGCACCAUCGACGGAGGUCCUCAUCUGGCAGUGGCCAGAUAACCCAGGGUGUGAAUGGACGCACCACCAAUGGCCACAUGGCAAAGUUUGUCAUCUACCCCGAUAAUUUGAACCUCUACGAUAUUUAUUAUUUCAUCUUUGUGCCAACCCUUUGCUAUGAGCUCAACUUUCCAAGGUCAUCAAGAAUAAGAAAGCGCUUCCUGUUUCGCCGGUUUCUGGAAUCUUUAUUGCUGUUGCAGCUCAUCUUGGCCUUGGCCCAGCAAUGGAUAGUACCCAUUAUGGAAAACUCUCUGAAGCCUUUUCAGGAGAUGAAUUUUCCUGCAAUGCUUGAAAGGUUACUCAAGUUGGCUGUUCCUAACAUACUAAUUUGGUUACUUGCAUUCUAUUGGUUCUUCCAUUCAACGCUGAACACAUUUGCUGAGCUCUUGCGUUUUGCAGACAGAGAGUUCUACAGAGACUGGUGGAAUGCAGACACUGUGCAGUAUUUCUGGCAAAACUGGAACAUUCCAGUGCACAGAUGGUGCUUGCGUCACCUCUACAAACCUUUGGUUGCUGCUGGCAUGUCAAAAACCCUGGCUUGCAUAAUGGUGUUCCUCCUGUCAGCAUUCUUCCAUGAGUACCUUGUCAGUGUUCCCCUGAAAAUGUUCAGGGUGUGGGCGUUUCUUGGGAUGCUUGCACAGGUGCCAUUUGCCUUUGUCAUUGACAACAUCUUCCGCAACCGAUACAACAACUUGGGCAACAUGGCUGUCUGGAUUUCACUCAUAAUAGGGCAACCUUUGGCGAUAUUGAUGUACUAUCACGACUAUUACAUAAUCAACUAUGGGACAUCACGAACAUUGUGAUCACAUUUCUGCAAGCCUAGACAGCUGCAGUUAUGAAGAUUAGCAGUUGAGCCAGCUGUGGAAGUUUGUCAUGAGGAAUGUCAAAGUGGUGUACACUAGCAACUUUAUGUGGAACAUUUUUACAGACUACACAUGCAUCUGUGAUCCACUUGUAUAUAGAUGUGUGCAUCAUAUGCUAAAGAUAUGUCAGUUAUUGCUUUGCUGGAAACAUAUUGUGAUUUUUUUUUACUCUCUUCAUGGGAAACACGUGAUACGUAUACUUCUCAAGCAGAAUACGGAAUGUGCAUUGUAGCUCUGGUACUAUUGUUUGUUUGUGAAAGUAGCUCUUAGCUAACUUUAUAUGAAAUAUGCAUGUAAUUUUAUAGAAGUUUUAUAACUACUGUUUUGUAUUUAAAUCAGUCAAACUUCUUAGAUCAAUUAUGUACCUAUUUUUCAGUUUAACUAAACUGAAAAAAAAGUCCACAUACUCUAGUUGAAGAACAACAAAUCUGAAUUCGGUUUUAAAGUUUUAUUUAAGCUAAGGAAGCCUUCUAGGCAUGGGGAUGUGCCUCUUGUCAGGUCUGUUACCUAUUCUGUUCCUUACUUAGUCUUGCUGUCAGUAAAGAUAUUUCAUGUAUACUAUGCCAAUUUUCUGAUAUACACAACAAGCAAGUUGCACAGAGUAGCAACUUGCUUGUACAUAUUAACUGCACAUAAAACUUUGCUAGGGGAAUUUUCUCCACUGUAAUUAUAAAAUCCAAUGACUUCAGUGAAGUGACUUUUUUUGUAGUAUAUAGUAGAACACUUUUGGUGCUUUCUUAUUCGCCUUCAAGGCAAUACAUUGAUCUAUUGCGAGUGUGCCUUGUACGGCAUGCAGCAUUCAACUGGGAGACUGCUUUUUACUCUGUAUAGUGGCUUCAAGUUAUGCUGAAUCGUCUCAUAAAAAUGUGUUCGAACCAAUUGUCUUUUCUUUGUUAGUUUUGCUAGUAAAUUAAAUUUCACGUCUGAAUACUAAGGUCUAACAGUUGUAUGCAACUUUUCAGCAUGUACAAUAAUUGCCAUCUUUUUUCUUACUUUAUGGCCCCUACCAAAGGCAGGUGUUGCCGAUUCAUUGCAAUA